AUGGCUAAAGAUAGAGUGACUAGCGAUAAUUACAAGGUCGUGAUACACCCAGAUCGUGUACCACGUGGUGAACACGAAAGACGAUUCAAUGCCCCGACCACAAACGAAAUAGCUGCCGUAGUAGUUAGUACUGAACAAACUGCGUCUCGGGACAUUGUUAUUCAGGCGCACGAUGGCCGGCUUACUAGAGUUCCGGACACUCAUAGAUUUUAUGAUGCUCUCGAGUACCCGAUAAUUUUUUGGAAAGGACAAGAGGGCCCGAGAUAUCUUCAUGAGUACACGCAGGAUGCGUUCACAUACGUGCGUAACUACGGGAGGCCUGAUCUGUUUAUUACAAUGACAUGUAAUCCCGCUUGGCCAGAAAUUACUAAAGAGCUCAUUCCAGGUCAAAAUGCAACAGACAGACAUGACUUAACAGCCAGAUAUGAAGUGUUUCAUGUACUCGAUCGAGUGGCAAAAAGAGGUCUGCCUCACGUGCACUUACUGCUGUGGUUGACGGAAAAAUUACGCCCCAACCAAAUUGAUGAAGUCAUAAGUGCGGAGAUACCAAAUCCAGAAAGUGAUCGAAAACUCUACGAUACUGUAACCAAAAAUAUGAUUCACGGUCCCUGUGGUGCACUAAAUCCGUCAUCACCAUGCAUGAAAGAAGGAAAAUGCACCAAAAAGUAUCCAAGGGCGCUUUUGAAAGAUACUCAAACUAACGACAAAGGCUAUCCUUUGUACAGGCGUAGAACACCAGGAGAUGGCGGCCGUACGAUAACUCUAAAAACCCGAGGUGGAACACAGGAAGUAUUGGUUGACAAUAGCUGGAUUGUCCCAUAUUCUCCUCUUCUGUCUAAAAUUUAUAACUGUCACAUAAAUGUAGAGUUCUGCAAUACGGUACAGGCGAUAAAAUAUAUUUGUAAAUAUAUAAACAAAGGCAGCGACCAGGCUAUUUUUAACAUUCGACAGCAAGGGAAUGUUAAUAUUGACCCGAGAGAUGAGGUGCAAACGUAUCGAGCCGGUAGAUAUGUUAGUAGUAACGAAGCAGCGUGGCGGAUCUUGGGUCUGCCUCUGCAUGAAAGACACCCAACCACUCACCUUGCGGUUCAUCUGCCUAAUGGUCAGCGGAUUUACUUCACUGAAAACAAUUUUAGAGAGAGAAUGGCCGCACCACCUAAGACGACACUAACUGCAUUUUUCCUGCUUUGCCAAAAUGACGCAUUUGCAAAAACAUUACUUUAUGUUGACGUACCCCGCUACUAUACAUGGAACGUGUCGUCGAAAGAAUGGAAACGUCGUUUACAAGGCACACCUGUCGACGGCUGGCCAGUUGACGGCCAAGAACUUCAAACUUUUCGACAAGCGUGUGAGAAGUUGGGGUUGUUGGAAGAUGACAACCACUGGGAUGCCACAAUGGAAGAGGCAGUGCUGUGUCGCUCUCCUUCGCAAAUAAGAGAACUAUUUGCAAUAUUGAUAUGCACUUGCGGUUUAUCCAAUCCUCUUCAACUAUGGGAUAAGUAUAAAUCUGCAUUAUCGGAGGAUAUCUUGCAAAGAUUUGAAAGGAUGGAUCAAGUCAACAAUGAUCUAUGUUUCAAUGAAGCACUGAGACAUAUAGAGGACAAAAUAAUAACGAUUUCCGGUAAGAAAUUGUCUGACUUCGGUAUGCCUACACCAGAGCGUCGAGGAGAGUUGUCGACCGAUUUGAUCAAAGAGCUAAGCUACGAUAUUGCUUUAUUAGACGCUCAGGUCAGCGAAACUGAACCACGCCUGCUACCCGAACAAAAAACAUUUAUAACAAAAUUUACAACGACAAAAAUUCGUAAGGACCGUAAAGUUGCAUUAGCGGUGGCUUCCUCUGGGAUCGCUGCAACAUUGCUGAGCGGUGGACGAACGGCACAUUCGGUUUUUAAAUUACCUCUUAAUCUGGCGAGCGAAGAAACCCCAACGUGCAACAUCAGUAAGAGCAGUGCCCGUGGCGCCCUCUUGCAACAAUGUAUGCUGAUCGUGUGGGACGAGUGCACUAUGUCACACAAACGCGCCAUUGAGGCGCUUGAUCGCUGUCUACAAGAUAUUCACAGCAAUCGAAAGUUGAUGGGUGGUGUGGUAGUGUUAUUGGCAGGGGAUUUUAGACAGACUUUACCUAUUAUCGAGAGAGGCACUGCAGCAGAUGAAUUAACGCAUGUCUAA